AUGAAAGUAUACGUUAUUUCUGCGGUGCUCAUUUAAUAGAGAAGAGACGAUUUAUGUGAAAAUGGGUAAAAAUACAAAAACAAAAUCGUCUUUAAUGGAAAAAAUCAAACGGCAGUUGUACAGUCGACUAUUUAUUCUUCGAUGGUUACCUAAAUAUAGUAGAGAUGACAUUUUAGCUGACCUAAUAGCUGGUUUAACUGUUGGAUUAACAAUGAUGCCUCAAUCUAUAGCUUACGCGGGUUUAGCAGGCCUUCCCGCGCAAUAUGGACUGUACACUGCGUUUAUCGGGUCGUUCACUUAUAUUUUUGUAGGAACUAUUAAAGAAGUUUCCAUUGGACCAACUAGUUUAAUGUCUCUAUUAACUUUUGGAUAUACUGUUGGGAAACCGAUAGAAUUUGUUAUAUUGUUAACAUUUAUAGCAGGAUGCGUAGAACUCCUUAUGGGAAUGUUAAGAUUAGGAUUCAUAGUGGAUUUUAUAUCUCCUUGUCUAACAUCCGGAUUUACAUCUGCGGCUACUAUAAUUAUUGGUUCUGCUCAAUUAAAAAAUCUACUUGGCAUUAAUCUUCAAGGUCAUAAUGCUCCUGAUAUUAUGAAAGAAUUAUUUCAGAAAUAUAAUCAGUUAAGGGUGUAUGAUACUGUGAUGGGAUUUAUAUGUAUCAUUGUCCUUUUAGUUAUUAAGAAUAUGAACAAAUUCAUCAAAACCGAGAACCCCACCGCUAAAAAAAUAAUAUGGCUGUUGGGUAUAUCGAAAAACGCACUUGUGGUACUAGGAGCUACAAUAGUGGCCGCGUCCUUUAGCGUUGACGGCCAAACGCCAUUCAAAAUAACGGGAAAUGUACCUAAAGGGGUUCCGGAAGUGCAAUUUCCUUUUAUGAGCGCCAAAAUUGGUAACGAAACUGUCGGAUUCGUAGGAAUGAUGAAAUCUAUAGGAAGCGGGGUGUUUGUAGUACCUUUUGUAGGUAUAUUGAGUAAUGUAGCGAUAGCUAAAUCAUAUAGUAAGAAUUCGAUAGUGGACGCCUCGCAAGAAAUGAUGUCGUUAGGUCUGGCUAAUAUAUUCGGUUCUUUCGUCAAAGCCAUGCCGAGCUCCGGAGCUUUUACCAGAUCCGCGGUGGCAAGUAGCUCCGAUGUACGAACACCACUUCAAGGUCUUUAUUCAGGUACCGUUAUCGUACUUGCAUUAAGUUUCUUGGCCCCAUAUUUCUUUUUCAUCCCAAAGGCCGCAUUAGCGGCCGUUUUAAUAGUUGCCGUUAGUUCUUUGUUCGACUAUCAAAUAUUUCCGGUUUUAUGGAAAAGCUGCAAAGUGGACUUCUUCAUCACGUUGGGGACGUUAAUUUCAGGAGCAUUGUUCGGGGUUGAAAUUGCUAUUAUCGUAGGCGCCAUUUUCAACGUUACGACACUUCUUAAAGUGUGGGCUAGGCCCAAACUAACAGUCGAGGUUAAAAAAAAGGAUGAUUGUAGUCAGAUGUACCUACUAAUAAAACCGGAAUUGGGUUUAACUUAUCCUGGUGCCGAUUACGUUUCCGAAUGUAUCAAAAAAACCAGCAAAGAAUAUCCGACAUUACCUAUGGUUCUCGAUUGUCAAAACAUUCUUAAACUCGAUUAUGCAGCUGCUAAACUGGUGGCAACCGAGACAACUGUCAGCCACAAAAAGAAGAAAAUGGACGUCACUUGUCGUUUGUCAAUAGAUGGAGGGAAGUAUAGCUUGUUGUGAUUGUUAUAUGUUUUUGUUAACAUAAAAUUAAGUUGUUUUUGAUAGAAAAAGAGUGCAGAGAUUCUUUAAACUUACAAUUCAGAAAUGGGAUCAGUAUGAGAUCGCCGUUUGAACUUAAAAGUGUCGAUGGAUGUGCCCUAACCAAAUAUAAAUAGAUAGACACAUCAAAUACCAGACAACGAGAGCUAGAUAAAGUGAUACAAAAACACGCUUCAAGAGCUGGUUAUACUAUAAUUCAAUACAGUUCUUAUUGUUUUUAUUAUUUUUUUGCAGUGCAGUUGAUACUUUUGAAGAAUAGUAGACCCAUUGUAGAUUUUUCAAGUGCAUGUCUACGUUAUUAUGUAUUUCCUAUUGGAAACCAUGAUAAAAAAUGUUUACCAUUUGUUUUGUGAUUACUAGAAGUUUUUCACUAAAAUAGUGGGAUACAACACAAAAAAAUUAGGUAGAGGCAAAAGAGUUAUAAAAGAUUUUUAGUUUGAAAAUCUCUUUUUUGUUAAUGAAAAAAUUACUUGGAAGUCGUUCAAAAAAGUUGUCUGAACAGUUUUUGUUAAAUAACAAAGGUGAAAAUUAUAAGCCUUGUUGUGAGUGACUUAUUAAAAUUUUUGAACAGAUAGAAGUGAUUUUUCCCCAAAAAUUCAUUUCCUGUACUUACAUUUAAAUUUACAAACUUAAGAAUUAUAAAUAAUGAACAGGGCGAGCAUUUUCAGCAAGAUUUAAAUAUUUUUGAAGAAUGUCUAGGAUAAAAAAACGUUAUGAGAUUACUGUUGGUUACAAAGUUUUUAUUAGUAGAGGUCUUUGGGGAAAGGAAAGGUUUUUAUAGUGGGAUAUAUCAGAAUAAAGAAAUAAUAUAUUUUCUGUUCACGUCUAUUUGAUAAAAUACAAUUUUUAUUUGACAAUCAUAUUGCUAAUAUAGAGCUAGCACAAUUUUUGAGCAAACUGUGUAUAAAUACAAAUAUUGCAAAAGACUAGAAUACACUUUGUAACAAUUUAUCCAAUUUUCCUAUAAUUACAAUACAAAAAUUAUAUAAAGUAGGUAAGAAAUAAGUAUACCAUACAUAGGACAGAAAUAGUAUAUGAAAUAUAUAAAAACCUACGAGGAUCUACUUCCUGUUUACUUUGGUUUCAGCAAGAUAAAAUUAUGUGGAAAAUACUUUUUCCAAUAGAAAUAGUUUUGGUACUUGGGACUUUCCAGUUCACUAGUUUUUCUUUUGUACAUUCUGAUGAAAAUACAGUCUCUAAAGACAAAUGGUGGUUUAGUUUUGGACAAGACAGCCUAUAAAAACAAAUCUAAAGACAAAUAGCGAUGUGUUUUUAAAAAAGACAGCCUCUAAAGGCAAAUAGUGGUUUAUUUAUGAAAAAGACAGCGUCUAAACACAAAUGGCGAUGUGUUUUUGAAAAAUAUAGUCUAGAGAUAAAUGGCGGUUUGUUUUUUUGUAAAAAAAAAACAACAAAUGCCGUUUGUAGUAUCUGAAUUUGUUUAAUUCGAUAAAAUUUAUGGUUUCGGAGAGAUCUUUGUAGAUGCCAAGGGAACCGUUUGCCAUAAAGAGACAUUCCGAAGAAAAUUAUCAUAAAUUGAAAACACUUACACUGUUACCUUGCUGUCGUAUGUUUGGGAUAAAAAAACUAUAAUUACCAGUCACUUAUUCAAAGUAUUUCACAAAUUUUAUAUAUAAUAUGUAAAUAAGUGAUCGAGAAUUAAAGAAUACAUUUUAAUUAUAACGCAAAUCCUAAAUCUAGACUAUCUCAGAUUUUGGACGGAAGAGUUGAGAGCUCAUUUUAUUUCUACAGAAUAUUAAUCGAAUCGUAUUUUUAAAUAUCAAAACACUCUUUAUCUAACCUAUAUUUUUAUUAUUUUGAUAUGUUUAUCUCUUACGGCGAUUCCAAAGUUAGUUAUUUUGCAAAUACUUAGAGUUAUAAUUGAUACUUUCAAAACACAAAACUUUCGUUUAUAAUAAGAGUUUCUUUCGGAAAAUUCUUUCGGUUCAAAAUACAAAACAAUUUAUUUCCUUAUCUAAAUGGACAAUUUUCAUACUCACCCCCGUACACUUCCUAUUGACGACGUAGAUUCUUCUUUUGAAUGUUAAAAUGAGUUACAUUAUUUACAUACGACAAUUCAGUUGAAACGAAAGAAUUUUACUGAAUCACAAACUUACAAAGCCGAUAAUCAACAUUAAUAUAUAUAUAUAUAUAUACAAAUUUUAAAAAUUCACACGUGUUUGACAAAGGCACAAACAACACACUGUGUUACAAGAUUUCUUCAAGUUUUAAACCAGUAAAACGUUGUAAAUAAAUACGUUGUAUUGAGAUUUAAAUGACGUAGUAGAUUUCAUUUAAAAAACCACGAUGUAUAUUUAUGUGCUGGUUAAAAAUUCCUUCCCCCUCGUAUAUUAUU